AGGUCUAUUGUCAUGACUUAACAGCUAAUUUAAUAAAACUUCUGAGACUAAGGUUGAAUGUGGCGACAUUGUUGCACUUUGCUGUCAACUUCCAUCUUCGGACUAUUAUCUCGGAUGUUGCGAUUUUGUAAGCCAAUGUUGCCACUUAGGGACCAGUAAGCUUGGUCUUGUUGAUGUUGGUUGAAAAUUCGUUGUUCUUUCUAGUUCAGUGACGAUUUUCAGGUUGUCGAGUCACACACCAUCUGUUUGUCUUUAUUCCCAUUUGAUAUAUCUCACAGGGGAUGGCUUUUGCUUUUGUUACUGUUUCGGGAACCUCAACAUUUAGGGAUAUUAACUUACGUUAAUUGAAGUUGCUGCCCUAGAAAUGCCAAGUGCUCACUUUUCGUUAUUGUCUAGUUUAAAUAUAUAAAUUAAGAAAACUAGUUCUCCAUCUAAAGACCCGAUUUCUGGUCAUAUAUCCCCUACACAAGCACCACCCAACCAAGGGGACAGGGAAAGCUAAAGGCCCAGGGCAAAGUUCAUUUUAUUUAUUUAUUUAUUUUCUCCAUAAAAAAAAUGGAAGCAGACGAGAUAGCAGAGGAGCUGCAAAACAUUGAGUUUGAGAUUCAUGAUGUUGAAGAACAAAUACGGGAGUUAAUUGAGAAGCAAGAGAAGUUGUACGAGAGACGAUCGGAACUGCAAGUUUUAUUGGAAACAUGCCCUAUAGAUGUCAAAGAUGGUUCCGCUCCGACCAAUGUACAAGCGGAAGAUUGGUCAAGGUCAUUUGACUGGGAUUCUCAAGCCGAAGAUAUUAGGUUCAAUGUUUUCGGCAUAUCUUCGUAUCGUCCAAAUCAACGAGAGAUCAUAAAUGCAGUGAUGAGUGGAAGAGAUGUUCUGGUGAUAAUGGCUGCAGGUGGUGGCAAAAGCCUUUGCUACCAGCUCCCUGCCAUACUUCGUCAAGGAAUUGCUCUUGUUGUUAGUCCUUUGCUCUCUUUAAUACAGGAUCAGGUAAUGGGUUUGGUUGCCUCAGGCAUUCCAGCACGUAUGCUCACAUCCACCACAAGUAAGGAAGAUGAGAAGUUCAUAUACAAGGCCCUCGAGAAAGGUGAAGAAGGCCUAAAAUUAUUAUAUGUCACACCUGAGAAAGUAUCCAAAAGCAAGAGAUUUAUGUCUAAGCUUGAAAAAUGCCAUCAUGCUGGUCGCCUCUCUCUUAUUUCCAUCGAUGAGGCUCAUUGUUGUAGUCAGUGGGGUCAUGAUUUUCGCCCUGACUACAAAAAUCUUGGCAUACUAAAAACUCAGUUUCCAAAUGUUCCUGUAGUGGCUUUAACAGCAACUGCUACAAUGAAAGUCCAAAAUGAUCUGAUUGAGAUGCUGCAUAUUCCAAAAUGCGUAAAGUUUGUCAGCACUGUCAACCGGCCAAAUCUUUUUUAUAUGGUCCGAGAGAAGUCAUCUGUUGGAAAGAUUGUUGUUGAUGAAAUAGCUAAAUAUAUAAAGGAAUCCUAUCCAAAUAAGGAAUCCGGCAUAGUUUAUUGCUUUUCCAGAAAGGAAUGUGAGCAGGUUGCAAGUGAGUUAUGUGAGAGGGGAAUAUCUGCUGAUUAUUACCAUGCUGACAUGGAUGUAAAUGCUCGUGAGAAAGUUCACAUGCGAUGGAGCAAAAACAAAUUGCAGGUCAUCGUUGGUACAGUUGCAUUUGGAAUGGGAAUCAACAAACCUGAUGUCCGGUUUGUCAUCCAUCAUAGCUUGAGUAAAUCAAUGGAAACAUAUUACCAGGAAAGUGGCCGAGCUGGAAGAGAUGGACUCCCCUCUGAGUGUUUACUCUUUUUCAGGUCGGCUGACAUGCCUAGACAGAGCACCAUGGUCUUCCAUGAAAACUCUGGAUUGCAGAACCUUUAUGACAUGGUACAAUAUUGUCAGUCUAAAAGACAAUGUCGCCGAAGUGCCUUUUUCCGGCAUUUUGCUGAGCCAUUACAAGAGUGCAAUGGGAUGUGUGACAACUGUGCAUUCUCAAGUGAGAUUAAGGAAGUGGAUGCUUCAGGUCAUUCAAAACUUUUGAUUUCUCUGGUGCGUGAGAUGCAAGAGAAAGAUCAAAGAGUGACGAUGUUGCAAUUGGUGGAUAGAGUGAAAAAUAAGCAAAAGCAACUAGAUUUUGAACUAAAGAGGGAAGAGAUGGAACAGCUUGUAGUACAGCUUAUACUAGAUCGUGUUUUGAAGGAAGAAUUUCAGCAUACAGCCUAUGCUACAAAUUCUUAUGUUACAGUAGGACCAAGAGCAAACCAAGUUAUGCUAGGGAAAAAAAUCAUUAAGAUGGAUGUCACUAGCACAUCGAAGGAUGUGGAUGGUUAUAGGAAAUCCAGUAAACAUGGUGUCACAUUGGGAUUGGAGUUCAAGCUAGACAAGCUGAGGAAGGAACUCGCUUCUCAUGACAAGGGAAUAUUCCCUCAUUCUGUGUUGUCAGGCCAACAGAUCAGUAGCAUAAGUGCCCAUUUACCAAAUUCAAUUGAAGAGUUGGAAAAGAUUAUUGGAAAGUUGAAGACAGAGAAGUAUGGGGGGAGAAUUCUUGAAGAAGUAAAAAAGUAUGGUAAUGCAGAGCAUCCAAAUAAUGAGGUGUUGAAUGAAGAAGAAAGCAGUGAAAUAAGACCUCCUAGAAAGAAGCUGAAGAAGGCCAACAAACAAGUUAUCAUGGUUGACAGCAGUAAUGAUGAAUCUGAUUGAUAUUUUCCUUAUGCUUCUUUCCACACUACCCCUAAACCUACAUUUAUCCUUGGGCUACACCAUAGUUUUCCAGGCAUUUCAGGGCUGUUACCAAACAUUUUGGAACUUGAAUUUUCUACUGAUCGAAGGGAAUAUAGCUAAGCUUUUGCUAAUUGGAACUCCUCAUAGAUUUGUUCAUGUCAUGUCAUUUACUAUGUUAUCUUCUCCUUUGUGAUUAACUUUUUACCAGAGACAAUACUUCUGGUUUUUCUUCAAUGUAAAAGAAACAGAAACAGAGAUAUUUAAAGAAAAAAGAAAUUAAAACAUCCUUUUUCCCUUAUAUAAA